UCUCCUCUCCAGCUGGUGGCAGUAAUGCAGCUGAGCUGCUCUACACACCGACAUUAAACCGUAGAAGAAGAAGCCUGUCAAACACAAGCUCCUCCCAUCCGGCCUGCUGUGAGAUUGCAGUUGUCUACUGUAGAGCUGCUUUGGAAAUAGAGCAAGGAAUGUUCCAAUGUCAGCCGACCAGGAAGCACAAGAAGAUGAACUGCUUGCGCUAGCGAGCAUAUAUGAUGAAGAGGAGUUUCGCCGGGCCGAGUCAGCGAAGGAGGGCGAGAUCCAUCUGUGUCUGGAGCUUCCUCCUCACUUCAAACUGCUAGUCAAGGCACAGAAUUCCACAGAGCAUCAUAUCUCGUUUCUACCUCCGCUGGUUCUGGGUUUUGAAUUCCCGGCUGAUUAUCCUUCAGCUUCGGCUCCGGUUUUUACUAUAAGCUCCAAAUGGCUCACAAGAGUCCAGAUCACUGCGCUUUGCAGGAGAAUGGAUGAGCUUUGGGAGGAGAAUCAAGGCAACGUGGUUCUUUUUACCUGGAUGCAGUUCCUGAAGGAAGAGACUCUGGAAUUCCUGGGAAUACAGUCACCGCUGGAAAUCCAAAGCAUUGAGAGUGAAUCUGGACAAAAACAAGCGGCGGACGUUUCUGGAGAAAAAAAUAAAGCGCAAGAUUUAGACCCAAGAGCCGUGCAAGAAGUCGACGCUCGCGCAGAUAUACUGACUCAGCUGCUGGACUUUGACGAAGCUCAGCAGCAGAAGGUGUUUGAUGGGAAGGUGUUCUGCUGCGGCAUCUGUUACUCGGAGAAGCUCGGAUCCGACUCUCUGCUCUUCAAAGAGUGUCAGCAUGUGUACUGCAAGGCCUGCAUGAAGGAAUACUUUGAGAUCCAGAUUAGAGACGGAAAAGUCCAGUGCCUUAACUGCCCUGAGCCAAAGUGUAUGUCCAUGGCCACUCCUUCACAGGUGAAACUUCUGGUGGGCGAAGAUGAGUUUGCACGCUAUGAUCGUCUCCUGCUGCAGUCGAGUCUGGACCUGAUGGCGGAUGUGAUGUAUUGUCCCCGUAUGAGCUGCUGUAUGGCGGUGAUGGUGGAGCCUGACUCUACGAUGGGCAUCUGUCCUGCCUGCAGAUAUGCCUUCUGUACGCUCUGUAAGCGGAGCUAUCACGGCCUCUCUCACUGCAUAGCGACGGCUGAUGAGCUCCGUAGUUUGCGGGAUGAGUAUAUUUCUGCGAGCGAAGAGGGGAAGAAGUUCCUUGAGAAGCGUUUUGGCAGGCGGGUCAUUCAGAGGGCGGUGGAGGAGUCUUUCAGCACAGAAUGGCUGAAGGAUAACUGUAAACAGUGCCCUUGCUGUGGCACCAACAUACAGAAGGUGCACGGCUGUAAUAAGAUGACCUGUUCGUCGUGUCAGAAGUAUUUCUGCUGGAUGUGUCUGGGAGCUCUCAGCAGGGUGAACCCCUACAGUCACUUCAACAACCCCAACUCGCCCUGCUUUAACCAAUUGUUUCAAGGAAUGGAAAUGGAUGAGGAAGGUUUUGGGAGUGACGAAGAUAACUGAUCCACUAUAAAUUAAAUGCUUAAAGGAUGUUAUCCAGGCAGUGUUUUCAUGCACAUCGAUGGACUACAGAACCAGAUGCUCAAGACCUGACUAGAGCAUCAUGCAUCUAUCCAUAGAAUUUACUUGCCUUUUUAAGCAAAAUAUUUUUUAAUUUACCCUUUUUUUGCAUUUGCAUCCAUGCAAAAGCAUCCCCCUAGCAGAUAUGUGUGCAAAACUACAGAAUAUAUCCUCUAUAUUUAGUUUAUGAAUCCGCUUCCUUUGCUGGAAUUGUCUUUUAAUAAGAUUUCUUGUUUACAUCGGUAUCCUCACCAGUCAUUGUUAAUAAUAUACAUUGCAUCUUUUGGACAAAUGUUGGAUGGUUCAGAAAUGUAGGAUGGAUUUGGCAGUAAAAUAAAUGUUAAAUGAGUUCUUGUGGCAUGCAUACUGUCUUUGGGUGACACGUAAUCAAGGUUGUAUGGUAAAAUGAAUACAUGUAGAAGGACGAGUUU